AUGGCGGCUGAUGACUGGCACGGCAAUGAGCCUCAGGAUCUCGUUACAUGGAAAGACUUCUUCAGGCCCGGGCGGGGGAUUUAUGAAGACCUGUGUCGCAGACUGCCACUGUACUCUUCAGACUUUACAGAUGGUGUAGUAGGCAGUAAUAAGACUGUACUGAAGUACAUGACAACAGCUAUCUUCCUGUAUAUUGCUAUCCUCCUCCCUGCAAUCGCUUUCGGCUCACUCAACGAUGAGAGAACGCGGGGCGAGAUUGAUGUCAGGAAGACCAUUAUCGGCCAAAGUAUAGGAGGGCUCAUCUAUUCUCUUUUCGCUGGGUCACCAUUGGUCAUCCCUCUGACCACAGCUCCUCUGGCCAUCUUCAUCAGUGUGAUCCGUGGUCUCUGUGACGACUAUGAUCUGGACUUUCCAGCGUUCUACGCCUGCAUCGGUCUCUGGAACUCCCUCUUCCUCAUCCUGGGAGGCAUCUUCAACGUCUCCCUGCUCAUGAAGCUGUUCAAAAGGUCAACAGAGGAGAUCAUAGCUCUGUUCAUCUCUAUAGCCUUCGUAGUGGACGCUCUGAAAGGAACCAUCAAAAUCUUCCAUAAAUACUACCACGUCCCGGCGCUGACCAAUGGAAGUGGGGAGGCAUUGCUACGGCUACAGGAGCAGGGGGGUGUGACCCUACUGGGGGGUAAUGGGACGGGGGCGGGGGGAGGAGGGAUGGGGAGCUCUCUCCCUCUGCCUGACUCCUUCAUCCAGUGUACCAGGGAGAGACCAGUCCUGUGCCUGCUGCUGAUGCUGGGAACCCUGUGGCUGGGCUACACCCUCUACCAGUUUAAACAGAGUCCAUUCCUCCAUGCCAGGGUGAGAGAGGUUUUGUCAGACUGUGCCCUGCCCAUCUCGGUUUUGACAUUCUCCUUCAUCGGAUCCUACCUGUUCAACGACAUCGACCUUCCAGUAUUUAACUUCCAUAACGGUCCGAUGUUCAGCGUUGCUCCAGUUGGGAAGUUGUCAGUCAUGAACGUUUUGUCGGCCAUGGUUCUGGGCUUCCUCCUGGCUCUCCUCAUCUUCAUCGACCAGAACAUCGUGGUCUCUCUCACCAACGCUCCCGAGAACAGGCUGCUGAAGGGAACAGCGUACCACUGGGACCUGAUGCUCUCUGGGCUCAUCAACAUCCUGAUGUCUCUCCUGGGGUUACCAUGGAUACACGCAGCAUUCCCCCACUCCACCCUGCACGUCAGACAGCUGGCCUUCGUAGAGCAGCGGGUGGAGGGAGGACAUCUAUAUGAGACUAUUGUCAGUGUAAAGGAAACCAGGCUAACAUCUCUAGUGGCCAACAUCUUCAUCGGUAUGUCAGUGUUUCUGCUACCGGUUCCUCUCCAGUGGAUCCCCAAACCUGUCCUCUACGGACUCUUCCUUUACAUCGCCCUGACAUCUAUAGACGGGAACCAGAUGUGUGACCGCAUGGCCCUGCUCCUUAAAGAACAGACGUCCUACCCACCCGCCCACUACAUCCGUAAGGUUCCCCAGAGGAAGAUCCACUAUUUCACGUUUCUCCAGAUGAUGCAGCUACUGGUGCUGUGUGGCUUUGGCAUGUCCCCUCUACCCUACAUGAAGAGCAUCCCUCUCUUUAUGGUACUGCUUAUACCUAUCAGGAACUGUGUUCUUCCUCACAUCAUCGAGGCUAAAUACCUGGAUAUCAUGGAUGCCCAACACAUGUAA